GGGGUUGGAGGACGAGGCCACCUGCCCAGGUAGAAGCCACUCCGCCCCGCCGCGCUUUGGGGUAGGGCCUCUGCCUUCCCUAGGCGACAGACCUUGGCUAGCCCAGCCUGGACCGCGGCUCCACUCCUGUCGCUUCUGCUGAGCACGGACCCACCCGGCCCCCGCGCGCGGCACCGGACUCUAGAGCGCGCGUGCGCGCGCUCCCGUUGGCUCAGGGAGCGCGACUGGCAGCGGGGCCGAGCCGGGAGCUCCGCCUCUUGGCUGCGCACUUCGUCUGGCAACUCGGCAAACCCCGGGACUGACACCGUGCGCGCCCCCGAAGCGAUGCAGAGUCCCAGAGCCUCUGAAAUGCGGCACUUCCCUCCAUACCUCCUGGAGUUCUGAAGGGGUGCAGAUAUGGCGGGCAACGCGGCAGACAGCGCUAACCACCUGCCCUACUUUUUUGGCAACAUCACCCGGGAAGAGGCCGAGGACUACCUGGUCCAGGGAGGCAUGACGGAUGGGCUCUACCUGCUGCGCCAAAGCCGCAAUUACCUGGGUGGUUUCGCCUUGUCAGUGGCCCACAACAGGAAGGCACACCACUACACCAUCGAGAGGGAACUUAAUGGCACCUAUGCCAUCUCCGGCGGCAGGACCCAUGCCAGCCCGGCAGACCUCUGCCACUACCACUCCCAGGAAUCUGAUGGCCUCAUCUGCCUCCUGAAGAAGCCCUUCAACCGGCCCCCCGGGGUACAACCCAAGACCGGACCUUUUGAGGACCUGAAGGAGAACCUCAUCCGGGAAUAUGUGAAGCAGACAUGGAACCUUCAGGGCCAGGCUCUGGAACAAGCCAUCAUCAGCCAGAAACCCCAGCUGGAGAAGCUGAUCGCCACCACUGCCCAUGAGAAGAUGCCCUGGUUCCAUGGCAACAUCUCCAGAGAUGAGUCGGAGCAGAUAGUCCUCAUAGGAUCAAAGACUAACGGAAAAUUCCUGAUCAGGGCCCGAGACAACAAUGGCUCCUUCGCGCUGUGUCUGCUGCACGAAGGGAAAGUUUUGCAUUAUCGCAUUGACAAGGACAAGACAGGGAAGCUCUCCAUUCCCGAGGGGAAGAAGUUUGACACCCUCUGGCAGCUAGUAGAACAUUACUCUUACAAGCCAGAUGGUCUGUUAAGAGUCCUCACCGUACCAUGUCAGAAGAUCGGUGCACAGUUAGGUCAAACGCAAACUUCAAAUGCUCACCCUGUGAGUUGGUCACCUGGUGGAAUAAUCUCAAGAAUCAAAUCCUACUCCUUCCCAAAGUCUGGCAUCAAAAAGGCUGCCACACCCCAAGGGAGUCGUCCUGAGAGUACAGUGUCCUUCAACCCCUAUGAGCCAACAGGAGGGUCCUGGGCCCCGGACAGAGGCCUUCAGAGAGAGGCCCUGCCCAUGGACACAGAGGUGUAUGAGAGCCCUUACGCUGACCCUGAAGAGAUCCGGCCCAAAGAGGUCUACCUAGACAGAAGCCUGCUAACUUUGGAGGACAAUGAACUGGGCUCUGGUAACUUCGGGACGGUGAAAAAGGGAUACUACCAAAUGAAAAAAGUUGUGAAGACAGUGGCUGUGAAAAUCUUGAAGAACGAGGCCAACGACCCCGCUCUGAAGGAUGAGCUGUUAGCAGAGGCGAACGUCAUGCAGCAGCUGGACAACCCCUACAUUGUGCGCAUGAUCGGAAUCUGCGAGGCUGAGUCCUGGAUGCUGGUGAUGGAGAUGGCGGAGCUGGGGCCCCUCAACAAGUACCUGCAGCAGAACAGGCACAUCAAGGAUAAGAACAUCAUCGAGUUGGUUCAUCAGGUUUCCAUGGGAAUGAAGUAUUUGGAAGAGUCCAAUUUCGUACACAGAGAUCUGGCUGCAAGGAAUGUGCUUCUGGUCACCCAGCAUUAUGCCAAGAUCAGCGAUUUCGGUCUUUCCAAAGCCCUUCGUGCAGACGAAAACUACUACAAGGCCCAGACCCACGGGAAGUGGCCCGUGAAGUGGUACGCCCCCGAAUGCAUCAACUACUACAAGUUCUCCAGCAAGAGUGACGUCUGGAGCUUCGGAGUCCUGAUGUGGGAAGCGUUCUCCUACGGGCAGAAGCCUUAUCGGGGGAUGAAAGGGAGCGAGGUGAGCGCCAUGCUGGAGAAAGGGGAGCGUAUGGGGUGCCCUCCAGGAUGCCCCCGAGAGAUGUACGACCUGAUGAACCUUUGCUGGACCUAUGAGGUAGAGAACAGGCCGGGAUUCACAGCUGUGGAGCUGCGACUUCGCAAUUACUACUACGAUGUGGUUAACUAACAGUACCCAGUGAAUCUGGGUACUGAACCUUCAAACAUGGACCCUGAGGGGACGCGUUCAUACCGGAGCAGAGGGCAACAUGGUGCCCAAGACCCUCUCAAGAGGGGUUCCUGAAUGUAAUCUGAAUGAAGAUCACAGAAACUUCAUUCAGAUGAACUGGCUUCCAGAGUUUCAUCUCCCUCUGCCCAGGGUGAGAGCUAAGAAAAGUUAGGACUCAUCUUCACAGCAGGUCUGAUUCCAAAAAACAGAGCAGCGGCCAAUCAUCAGGGCCCAUGGAUUCAUCUGUCUGGUUCUUGUUGCCAUCUGUGUGGUUUUCGUUAUGGGCCACAGUUGGGAACUGUUUCCAAAUCAUCUUUGCAUCAUUCUUUCCCUCUGGGUCCGGGAUUGCAAUGUUCCCCUGAAGAUCAGAAAAGUGCCCCGAGGCCCAAGCAAAGGAAAUACAGAGAAAACUCAGCAGUGCGGCUGGCAAUCACACAGUCGCGUAAGGAAAGUAACACGCCUGGACCCUAGUUCUGCUCUCACGCUGGAGACGGAAAUACCACACAGAAGAGACACACUGACUUGGCCGACCUGACCCUGGUAUCUGUCUGCCUUCCUGCAGAAUGACUUGAAGUCUGUCCUUGUGCGCUUGCCGAGGGAGGCUGCCAGGGAUGGUGGGCUCCCUUGAACCUCUGCGACUGAGCAGAGUGUGUCGGGCACGGGUCAGAGUCUCUCCUGUCUGCAGAGGGAGUGCAGCCGGGAUCCCUUCGGAGUCCAUGAUGUGUCUGUUAGGUUCUUUUCUCAUUGCUGCCAUAAAAGACCUGACAAACAAAUUUAAGGGAGGAGGGGUCGGUUUGGGCUCACAGUGGGGACAGGCCAUCAUGGUUGAAAAGACAUUACACCUGGAAGGAAAAACUUGGUGACCUGAGCAGAAAGCUGGACGGUCACAUGGCAUCCACACUCGGGAAGCAAAGAAUGAACAGGAAGUGGAGUCAGACUCCAGGGCCUCAAAGCCACCACCACUCCAGUGACCCACUUCCUUCAUCAAGAUCCUGCCUCCCAAAGGUUCCACAAGCUUCCUAGGCAGUGAACGCUGGGGGCCAGGCGUUCAGAUGUGUGAGCCUUGGGGAGUGGAGAGAGGCAUUCCACAUUCAAGCCACAACAGGAUCCAUCCAUUUCCGGUUGCUAUAACUGAACACCUAGAAGGGCCAGGGACAAGGACGAGAAAGGUAUCUGUGAGAUGUGUGUGUUCCUUCUGAACUUCCACCGGUGAGGUGCAGCCUGAGGCAGGGGCCUUCCUGACAGCGGGUGAGCCAUCUCAGGUGUGCCCUCCUCUUAGGAAAGCCCUGAUCCCAGCCUAGGGUCCCCCUCAGGACUCCACCUCAUGCCCCAGAGGCCCCAUCUCCAAACACUGAGCCAGUGAAUCUGGGUACUGAACCUUCAAACAUGGACCCUGAGGGGACACGUUCAUACCGGAGCAGAGGGGAACAUGGUGCCCAAGACCCUCUUGAGAUGAGUUCCUGAAUGUAAUUUUAAUCCACAAUAAAACCAGAGAUUUGAUCUUCUCCACAAGAAAGCCUUGCUAAGUGCAAUUCUAAGCAGAGGACAUGUGAUCCGAGAUUUUCGCUCUGUCCUCCUUAUGCGUGACUUGUUGUUUGACCGUACACAAGGUGUCACCCAUUAUAAGCACUUUCGCUGAGGACCCUAAAAUUAUAAAGGCUGCAUAGCCUUCAUUCUGUGUCUGCGAAUAUAUACAAAUGUCAUCUCCACCUCAGACAUUGUGACAUAUACAGACAGGGUUGGUGCGGGAAGCCCCACUGGGGGGUGGGUGAGGGAUGGAGAGGGUGCCACCAGUGCCUUUCAGACUAUGGCACAAUAAACUUAGGCUGUCUUAGGCAGGAGCUUUUUAAAGGAUCACUAAGAAGUACUUAAACGCCGUCACUGUGUUUGGGGUUAGGCUGACAAGCCAGUCGUCUCGUUAAAGUGGGGAUCCCUGUAUGCUGGGCUCACUGAGCAGACCUGCAGAACACAGAAUUGCUGAUGAAGUCCCAUGGGUUAGGCCACCUGCAGAUUUAGAGUCAGGAAAGGAAGAAGCCGAUGUACUGGUUAUGGAGACAGGACCCUCCAAACCCCAUCUGAGCAAGUUCUCCGCUCCCGCCCUCCCCUACCCCCAGGGUGGGGAUAGAAAAAAAGGUCACCUCGCAGGAUGGGGAGCACACGGGUGAGAACCCUGUAGAAGCCUCUGGAUUCCUUCUGGCCUCCUUAGCAGUGUCUCUCCUUUCCAGGGGUUUGGGACUGACCAUUGUCUAGAUAUGACUGAACAGGAUGGAGGCAGAGGCUUUGCCUUCCUCUAGGCCCAAACAGGCUCUCAUGUGCAGAAGUUGCACCAUAGCCAGUGUUCGACACUCUCAUCUAGUGAAAACCAUGUCUUGCUGUCAAGAUUAAUUCUCUCCCCUGGGGGCACAGAGGAGGGCAGACAGGGAGAAGAUCCUCCCUGGAUGAUUUAGACUACAUGGAUACUCAAAAUUUGCAAGAUCCGGAACCAGCCAAGGUCCUUGGCUGGGCCUCCUUUCACAAGCUUCCUCUGAUGACUGCAACCUCUUCCGCCUGGCAGCUGGGCUCACUGUGUGCCUUUUAUUUACCUAUGACCCUUUGCCAACAGAGGACAAGCAGCCUCCCAAGCUGCCUCGCCACACCCCGCUGACCGCAGAUACCAGAUACCUCUUGUGGAACUGAAUGUCUCUCCAGUAAACAGCCAAUCCGGCUGAUCGUUCAGAUGGUCUGUGUGUGUACUGGGACACGUCCUCCCUGCACCCAGCCCUGCUUGGCAUGCCAGACAGUGACUCCACGGGGCUGCUAGCCCUUGUGAUUGCAAUGCUCCAUGCAGAGCAAAGCCCUGGUUGUCGGUGCCAGCAAGCGCUCCCAGUAGCAGUACAGAAUGUUUCCUGUUUGUUUCAGAAAUUGUUUUUAAUAAAGGUCUACUCUUA